AGCACUAUCUCCCUCAUCCAAUGUGUAAAUCUUGUACAAACUUUUUUUUUUUUAAUGUUAGUCCUUUUUUUUUUUUCCUUGAGGUUUUUAAAGUGUGUGAUGUGAAAGACUUGGCUGCCCUCGGCAAGUGUUGGAGCAGAGGUUUAACCCAAUGCUUCCCGCCAGAGGACGGGCAUCUUCUACCCCGUGGCUCUUUCCAGAGCGGAGAUCCCUGCUUCCAAGGGAUCCUUCGCAAGGCAGCUCUCUGCUCCGCUGGUGCCCUCCACGAACCUUCCCCUGCCCUUCCAGGGAUCUGUCUGCUCCAGCUAGGUUGGUGGGUCCUUCCAAAGGUCCCCUCAGCACCCGGCAUUUCCGUGCCUCUCCGGAGGGAGCGCCGUACUCCGAGAGCAGCACCCGGGAGCCGCCUUUCCUGGGGCGCCGGGUCCCGUGCCAGGGCUCUGCAGGGCCAAGGAAACCACGUGCUCCCUGCCUUAACCUGCUGCUUCCGGCGAGGAAUCUGGGAACAGGGAACCUGGUCUCUUCUGAAAUCAGUUACCCUGCGGCUCAAGCUUCUUCCUCCUGGGCCCAUGUUCCUUGCCCCAGAGGUUUCCCUUGCGGAGGGAGGGGGCGUUUCCCUUGACUUUCUCGCGGCCUUUGCGUGGAGCGAGCCCCGGAGCGCUGGCUGUGGCGCUGCGGGCACCGGCCCAGGCGGCGAGUGGCCGAGACCAGCGGGCGCUGGGCCCCAGGGUGCUGGCCACUGCCUUUCUGGGCAGGAUUUACCGUUGGGCUUUGUUACUCCCUUCCUGCUUUUGGCGGGUUGCCUUGGUUUUAUAGUUGCUGCCAUGUUUCUACUGUCGACACGGUCUGGUUUUGCUGUAGCUGUUGUGGGCGCGAUGCCCCCCUCCAGCUGGACACUUUGCCUUCCUAAAGGUGAACGUCGUCUUCGUGGACCGCGCGGGCCGCCGCGUCCCGGUGCGCGGCCGCGUCGGGGACAACGUGCUGCAUCUGGCGCAACGGCACGGGCUGGAGCUGGAGGGGAGGACGAUCUGCUGGACAUGGCGCCGCUGCUGCAGGAGAGCUCGCGCCUGGGCUGCCAGAUCGUGCUGACGCCGGAGCUGGAGGGGGCCGAGUUCACCCUCCCCAAGGUCACCCGCAACUUCUACGUGGACGGCCACGUCCCCAAGCCCCACUGACGGGGGCGAGGGCCGGCCCGCGCCGGGGGGCCGGAUCCCCCCCCACCGUGGCCCGGCCGCGCCGGAGGGGACGGCGUCCGGGGACGGCGGCGGUGCCGGGCGCCGGCGGUGCCCGCGGGGCUCCUUGACCCGGGAAGGGUCCCCGUGGCCCUCGCCCUCCCUCCGGGCUUUGCAAUUCCGCUGUUGGAUUUGGGACUGGCCGGGCGCUGCGUCCGGCAGGGAUGCGGCCACCGCCUCGCGGCUCGUUGGCAAUAAAAUUCGUCUGAACGA